AUGUUUUUGGUUCUAAUCAAUCAAAAAUUGACUCCAAUACAAUCUGAGGGCUUCAAUUCGUCGGAUUCACGUCGAUUUUCACUUCUGACAAUUUUUCGCUCUUUUUGGGCUUUCCAAUCUGGAAUUUAUUUGGUGAUCUUUGUAGGUUCUUUACUUGAAUGGCUUUACCCAAGUGACACGAAUGAACUCCUUUCCAAUACUGCUAUGUGUUUCUUCUCGUUAAACUUCUUCUCAAUCGUUUGCGCUUUCGUCGGCAGUCACACUCUGUGGAAACCUCUCCUCACCAGAUUUCUUCAUCUUAUCAGUACUUUGCUUUGGGGAGCAUCUCUCCUUUUACUCUUUAUCAGUGCAGAAAAAAAGGAAGGGGAAAAGGAUUCGAAUACCUCGAAAAAGGAUAGUAUACUGGAAAUCCUUGGUGUGGCGAUCAUCAUUUUCUAUUUGUGCACCCACAGUCUCAUUCUUAGCCUUUUUUACCGUUUCUUUUUACUUCGAAAUCAAUUUAUGCAAGAAAAGGGAAAUUUUGAUGAAAUCGAUUCGAUAAACACCGAUGUGACAAUGAUUCGAGAAGAAGAUUCGAAAAAGGAUUAUUAUUUAGAAAUUAUU